GCGACUUUAAGAAGUGGUGGAGGUGCCGACGUUUUGUAAAAUGGGAUCCCUAAGUUUGGUGUUCUCUGCUUUUGCACUUUUGCUGGUCGUCGCUUACACGGACGCAGACCGCCAGUGCCCCCCACCCUCGAAGGUGUACAGUCGGAGCCCUAAAUGUAAGGAGAACUACGACUGCAAAGGCGGUAAGCUGUGCUGCCUCAACCAGAGCAAUGAGAAGUCCUGCUUCGAGCCCGUCAGCCACGGCGGCGUCGGACAAUACGGCCCGGGUAGCAACGAAGGAGUCCUCUGCGAAGGUCGAAAAUGCCAAAAGGGGGAAGUCUGCGAGCUCGAUCCGAAAACCAAGAGGAAGAGAUGCGUCCGAAAAUAAUUUACAGUACUAAA